CUCGACUGGUCCCUCUGUUCAGAUGUACCAUGCAGUCACGAACCCCUCGCCCCAAACCCCCGAACUGGUCCCCUCAGCCUCCCCUCUCCGUUUUCGUCCGCAACCUCCAACUCCUCCAGCUCGAUCGCCAUGAUGACUGGCCUCACAUCUCUCUCCGCUCCCUCGCAGAUACAUCGCAGAACCAGCGUCAGCGUAUAAGGUCUAUAGAAUGGGCUCUUUAUCACCUGGUUACCCUCUGGGACCCCGACACCGCCCGGGAUAAACUCCGGCCCUUCUUCCCUCCGCUUGAGCCCCUGCAGUCCGUCAAUCUUCGUGCUGCUUUAUUCCGUGUGCUCUCCGAAUUGAAGAAACAGGGCGAGCUCGGCAGAGAAACCAUUCUUCGCAAGUCAAUGCUGGAUGAUUGCAAAGGCGAGAAAUUCGAGGAACUAUUGGCCGUCUUCUCUACUGCGGUGCUGCGGAAGACCCUCGCCGCUUCCUCAGAUCCGGCACUACAAAAUGUGGCCAUGAAGCUUUCAUUGGCUUCCGGGCUGACGCGCGAGGAAUACCAGCUCAUGCUCCCCCUCGUCCUUGCCCAUCGGGUCUCCCUAAACCAAAUCGGCGAGCGUCGCAACAAAGCACGGGACACCCAUGAAAAGUUUACCCAGUUGCUAGAACUUAAAAAGCUGCAGCUUGAUGAACGAGCUAAGGAGAACCCUCCCCAACUCCCCGACACUGGCGCCGACAUAGAUGCGCUGGCUCGCGACCUUAGGGCUAACUGGCUGGGGGGUGAGGACUGGGCGGAUACCCUUGUCGACGGUGGUGCGCGGGGCAGCAGCGACGCUUUUCUAGAACUGCCGUUCGACAUCGCAUGGGCGAAAGCAAAGGAAUCCAGCGUGGAUGGUCUCCGUGCGAAUUCAUCACCGGAUCUGCUAGUCGAUCUGGAGUCUCGCGUCUUCCGCCAACGUGCCCGGCUGCAGCGCUGGCGCCAGUACAGUGCCUCUAUGCGCAAACAUGAGCGGGUACAAUCCACAAGCUCAACCAAAUCUCAACCGCUUGUCUUCCGAGAGCACCAAGCACUCACCGUCGCCAGCAUCUCCAAAGCCGUCCGGCAGCCAGUGGAACGCGCCUCGCCCAAAGCAGACGACCGGGCGUUGCUCUUCUCCAUGAAUGAGGCCAUUGCACGGAUCAACGGCCGACCCGCAGCGCAUCGUCAUCGCCACACUCAUAGCGAAUCGAAAUUACGCAACCCUGCAACAGUAUCCUCCAGCUCAGCGGCCGGGAGCAACAGAUCAUCUCCCCAAGCCGAAGACACUACCCGCUCAACCACCACUAGAACCUCAACACCCUCCAUCCCAGAGCCCCAGCCCAGCGUGCCCUCAUUCUCAACCACCGAAGUCCCCGAAAAGGACCCUUCUCCCCCUCCUGAACGAACUAGCCGGUUCACACUCGUAGAACGAACCCGCAAGUCCAUGUCCCUCAUCGUACCACCCACCCAACCCAGACCAAGAGAAAGUUUCCGGUCCCACCGACCUCGGCCUUCUUACCCCAUCAACCAGUUCGAGACGCCUCAAAGAUCACACACCAUCCCCAGUCGGGCCUCUACGCCACGCGACGAGCUCUUUGACGAGGAAGCGGACUACGCCAGCGUAUUCAAGUCGCGGCCGCGUGUGGCGCACAGUCCGGUCGCCUCUCCCGCAGUACACAUCAGCCCCAUUGGGGAUUUCGACCUGAGUCCGGACGAGGAAAUCGACCUGGAUGGGGGAGACGAGGAGUAUGUGCAGGAUACUCCGUUGGUGUCGAGACGGAGGAUAUUAUGAUUGUUACGUCGGUUCAUGUUUCGUUUUGUCUUCAUCUAAUUCUUAUGUGUGAUGUUCUUUUGGGAGACGAUUCUACUUACCUCCCUUAUAUGCCUAUACCUACUACAUACGAUUAAUGUCUAUAGAUUCUGGAAGAAAGCAGUACACGAC